AUGCCCGAGGUCAUUGACCUCAUUUCUUCAGAUCCGCCCCUUCCUGAUAAGCCUAGACCUCAGCAUGUGCCGGCCGAGUCACGGCAGGCUGCGGUUGGGCCCACAGCGACCUCGGGGCUGAUUUCGUCCGACUUCAUCGACUUCUCUGCCCUGAGCGACGACUUUCUUGACAAGCCGGCCAAGAAACGCCGCGUCAGCGACGAAAAGCGCUCUCCUCCUAGGCAAAGAAUUGUGACAAAGAGGGCGCCACGGCCCGAUCCACCCGUGUUCUCCUUCUCGGAUGACGACUUCAGCCUGCCGCCUUCAAACCCCAGAGCGCAGAAGAAGUACCAGGGACGCCAUGCCGACGAAUCCGACCCUAUCAUUUUCACAUCAUCUGCGCCAGAACCUUCCAAGAAGCAACACUCCACCUGGUCGAGACCAAACCACACACAGUCCGAAGUGAUCACGCUCGACGAUGACGACGAUGAUCUUUGGAAGUCAUUAGGCAAUGGAAGUACAAGGCGUGGAAAGCAGGAUGACAUACAGGAAUUCAGUGACCCAUUUGGGCUUGGUGAUUUCGAUGACACGUUUGAACUCUCGGACCCGGAGAUUUCCGCUUCUAAAUCGGGGUUCUCCAGCAAGACCGCUGCCUUAUUAUCUACCCUGAAUACCGCACCAAAGGGAAACAGACUCAACAACAAGGCUGGAUCUCGCCCUCAAAAACGCAGGGGAGCUACAAUGGAUGCAUCGACGAUUGGAGAUUUCUCUGAUGAAGUGGACGGCAUUGCUGAACCGCGACAACCGGCGAAGAAAUCUGGCAAGCUCACCACGGAAGAGAAGGAGGCGAGAGCACAGGCCCGGGCCGACGCUAAAGCACAACGGGAUCUAGAACGCCAGCUUGAGAAGGAGCGGAAACUGAAACUGAAGGAGGAAAAGGCUAGAGAGAAGCAACUGGCCGCGGACAUUGCUGAAGUCAAUAAGCUCAAGGUGGAUAGAAAAGAUUCUACCGCGGAGAUGAUACUGGACAUUUCGUGUUCAUUUGAAGAAACAAGUGUUGGAAAUCAAGCUAUCGAGUUCAUGAAGCGACUCAAAGUUGAGUAUCAUUUCUUCACCGGCCCAAUUCCGAAUGUGGUCAAGUGGCGGCGAAAGAUGAAUGCCCGAUACAACGAAGAAGCCGGUCAUUGGGAACCGGCUCCAUUUCAUAUCUCGGAAGAAAAACAUGUGCUCUGCUUGGUUACUGCACAAGACUUUGUUGACAUGGUUAUUGACCCUCCACCCGGCGAGGAGAGAGAGUCAUUGGAAGUGCAUGUCUUGAAGCUCAAAAGUGCCUACCCUGGAUAUACAGUCAUCUACCUCAUUGAAGGCCUCACAGCUUGGAUGCGCAAAAAUAGCAACUCUCGCAACCGAGCCUAUGUAGCCGAGGUUUUGAGUCAAUACGAACCUGAACCCGAGCCAGUUUCGAGUCAGGUAUCUGCACCACGUCGCCGAGGCAGGAAACCGAAACGCAAACCAGAGACUACUCCACCUGUUGAUGACGAUACGAUUGAAGAUGCCCUACUCGCGUUGCAAGUGACACAUUCCUGUUUCAUUCAUCACAGUGCAGCGCCCCCAGAGUCCGCGGAAUGGAUCAAGAAUUUUACAGAGCAUAUCUCUACGACUCUAUAUCGGUGGGAACGAAUGGAUGCACAUGACGCGAAUUUCUGCAUGGAAAGUGGCCAGGUCAAGCCUGGUGAAGACAAACAUGAUGUUUUUGUGAAGAUGCUCCAGGAAGUGAAUCGAGUCACUGCCCCGAUGGCAUACGGUAUCUCAUCACAAUACUCUUGUGUCACCGACUUGAUUCGCGGUAUGCAAAUGCAUGGACCUACAAUGCUGGAGGACGUCAAGGUAUGUUACGGAUCGUGCUAUCUACCCUUUUCGAUUCCUUCGAUAUUCUAA